AUGCAACUCACCAAGCUGAUCGCCCUCACCUUCGCCGCCCUGGCCACUGCCAGCCCUCUUCUUGAGGAGCGCCAAUGCGUCGGCAACCUCCAACAGUGCAACAAGAAAGCCAGCGCAGUCCUCGGCAGACAGUGCUGCGGCGGCCUGUACUGCUGUGGUGUGGUCGGCUCCAACAACGUCUGCCAGACCAGCAACAACUGCGGGGAGUAG